GCCAUUUUCCAUUGGACGACUCAGUCCUUUCUCCUCUCUCUCCUCUCUCUUUCUCUCUCUUCUUCUUCCUGCUCCAUCUCCUUCUCUGCUCGUUUUAAUGGGGAAGAUCUCCCAUCCGCCGCACAAGAAUUCCAUUUCCACCACUGAUAAUACUCACUCAACUACUCCUCGCCAUGAGAGGAAGCUACAGAAGCGCAAGCGUAAGACUGUUCCGCGAGAUUCUCCGGCUCAGCGUAGCUCUGUCUACCGCGGAGUCACCAGGCAUAGAUGGACGGGACGGUAUGAGGCRCAUUUGUGGGAUAAGAAUUGCUGGAAUGAAGGACAGAACAAGAAAGGAAGACAAGUGUAUUUAGGAGCGUAUGAUGAUGAAGCAGCAGCGGCUCAUGCUUACGACCUGGCGGCACUCAAGUACUGGGGAACUGAAACUGUUCUUAACUUUCCAUUAUUGACGUACCAAGACGAACUCAAAGAGAUGGAAGGUCAAUCAAGAGAAGAGUAUAUUGGAUUUUUGAGAAGGAAGAGUAGCGGUUUUUCUCGCGGGGUUUCAAAGUAUAGAGGUGUAGCAAGACACCAUCAUAAUGGAAGAUGGGAAGCUCGAAUUGGCAGAGUGYUUGGCAACAAAUACCUUUACCUUGGAACAUAUGCUACCCAGGAAGAAGCUGCCACAGCUUACGACAUGGCGGCCAUCGAGUACCGUGGCCUUAACGCCGUUACAAAUUUCGACCUCAGCCGUUACAUCAAAUCCCUCCGUCCUAGGCAACAACAGAGUAUUAUCUCCAACAACCGUCCUCCAAACCCUAACGCCGGCGAAUUACCUGCUCUAGAAUUUGACCCCAAUUCCSUCCUCGGAUUUACUUUCCCGUCGCAAUGUUCCAGCUCCGGCCAACCCGCCACCGCGCCGCUCCCCGGACCCGGUGGCGGUGACUCUUCCUCGUCGGCGGCGCUGGGACUCCUCCUCCAGUCGUCAAAAUUACAAGACGUGUUAGAGAGAACGUCCGCCGCCGACGCUCCAGAGACGCCCCCGGAAUCGGACCGGCCGCGCCGCUGCUUUCCAGACGACGUUCAAACUUACUUCGAUUCUACUCAAGAUUCCGGCGACUUUGCCGAAAGCGACGACRGCAUUUUCGGGUACCUAAACUCGCUUUUUCCUUCCACGAUUUUUCACUGCGAACUGGAUGCUUAAUUAGAUAUGGUCAAGGAAAAGACUUCCGGCGGGAGCCGGAGAAAAUAACUUAGCCGGAGGGAGGUAAUUAAUUUAAAUUAUAGAGACAUUAAUUAUCAUUUUUGUAAAGCUUCUCUUUGAUUCAAAAGAACGAGAGAGGAAAAAAGAAACAUUGAUUUUUUUUUUAAUUCUUUUCCAGUAGAAUUCAUCUUCAUGCAACCGUGUAAAGCUCGGGUGCAUUGGGAUUAGAAUUUUAGCAGUAAAAAUAAGAUAUGAGUUUUUAGAUAAUUAUAAGAAACAUGACAAGAGAAAUUGUCACACAAA